AUGUGGAAGUUAAAGAUAGCAGAAGGACACAAUGAGAGGUGGUUGACUACCACCAACAACCACGUCGGACGACAACAUUGGGAGUUUGAUCCAAAUGCAGGAACUGAAGAGGAACGAGCUGAGAUAGAAAGGGUUCGUUACAAUUUCAAAGUUAAUCGGUCUCAAGUUAAACAAAGUUCUGACUUGUUGAUGCGUAUGCAAUUUCUACGAAAGGAGAACCAUAUAGAUGAAAUUCCAGAGGCAAUAAAGUUGAAAGAAACACAAGAAGUAACAAAUGAAGCAGUCACAAUUACAGUCAGAAGAGCCAUCAGUUUCUACUCCACAAUUCAAGCUCAUGAUGGCCACUGGCCCGCUGAAUCUGCCGGCCCUUUGUUCUUCCUUCCUCCGAUGGUGAUAGCAUUGUAUGUGACAGGAUCCAUGAACGAUAUUCUGACCUCUGCACAUCAACUAGAAAUCAAACGCUACAUUUAUAAUCAUCAGAAUGAAGAUGGAGGUUGGGGAUUACAUUUAGAGGGUCACAGUACUAUGAUUGGAUCAGUAUAUAGUUACAUUACCUUGAGAUUACUCAGUGAAAAAGCGGAUAGUUGUGCAGAGGACAUGGCAGUGGUUAAGGGUCGUAAAUGGAUCCUAGAUCAUGGUGGUGCAGUCGGUACUCCUUCGUGGGGAAAGUUUUGGCUCACGGUUCUUGGGGUUUAUGAUUGGGGAGGUUGUAACCCUAUGCCACCCGAGUUUUGGCUCCUGCCAAACAUUUUUCCUAUUCAUCCGGGCAAAAUGAUGUGUUAUGGUCGCGUAGUUUACAUGCCAAUGUCAUACUUAUACGCUAAAAGAUUUGUGGGAAGAAUAACCGGAUUGGUUGAAGCCCUAAGGCAAGAGCUUUAUACGAAUCCUUAUCAUGAAAUUGAUUGGAAUAAAGCACGUAAUACUUGUGCAAAGGAAGAUCUGUAUUACCCACAUCCUUUUGUCCAAGAUAUGGUAUGGGGUGUACUUCAUCACAUAGCAGAGCCUAUUUUAACACGUUGGCCGUUUUCAGCGCUACGAGAAGAAGCUCUAAAAGUUGCAAUGGAACAUGUUCACUAUAACGAUCAAAUCAGUAGAUAUUUGUGCAUUGGGUGUGUGGUGAAGGUGUUAAGCUUGCUCACCACUUGGGUUGAGGAUCCAAAUGGGGAUGCGUAUAAACACCAUCUUGCACGCAUUCCUGAUUACUUUUGGGUUGCUGAAGAUGGGAUGAAAGUGCAGAGUUUCGGAUCUCAAACGUGGGAUGCAACAUUGGCCAUUCAAGCUAUCUUGUCAAACAAUCUAGCUGAAGAGUAUGGACCUAUGCUUAAAAAAGCACACAACUUUGUAAAAGCGUCGCAGGUUCUCGAUAACCCCCCUGGAGAUUAUAGUAAAAUGUAUAGACAUACGUCUAAAGGAUCAUGGACGUUUUCAAUGCAAGAUAACGGUUUGCAAGUCUCAGAUUGUACUGCAGAAGGCUUGAAGGUCGCGCUUAUAUAUUCUCAAAUGAGUCCUGAACUUGUUGGCGAAAAAAUUGAAAUUCAACGGCUCUAUGAUGCCGUCAAUGUUAUUCUUUCGUUACAAAGUGAAAAUGGCGGUUUUCCUGCUUGGGAGCCCCAAAGGGCGUAUUCUUGGUUAGAGAAGUUCAAUCCGACAGAAUUUUUUGAAGAUGUGUUGAUCGAGAGAGAGUAUGUGGAAUGCACUUCUUCUGCCAUCCAAGCUUUGGAACUCUUUAAAAGACUGCACCCUGGACACAGAACGAUAGAGAUUGAACAUUGUGUUUCAAGAGCUGUGAAGUACGUUGAAGAUACACAAAAUUCUGAUGGUUCAUGGUAUGGUCACUGGGGAAUUUGUUACACCUAUGGUACAUGGUUCGGAGUAGAUGCGCUAUUAGCUUGUGGGAAGAAAUACGAUAACUGUCCCGCCCUUCCAAAAGCAUGUGAAUUUCUACUAUCAAAACAACUUCCAGAUGGUGGCUGGGGAGAGAGCUAUCUCUCAUGCGCAAACAAGUUGUAUACAAAUUUGGAUGGAAAUCGGUCGAAUCUAGUACAAACAUCAUGGGCUUUACUUGCACUAAUCAAAGCUGGACAGGCUGAAAUUGAUCCGAUGCCGAUAAAUCGUGGGAUACGGCUUCUCAUAAAUUCACAAAUGGAAGAAGGAGACUUCCCUCAACAGGAAUUCACAGGAGCUUUUAUGAGGAAUUGUACUCUCAAUUAUUCCUCAUAUCGGAAUAUUUUUCCGAUAUGGGCUCUUGGCGAGUAUCGCCGUAUCACUCAAUUUACCUGAUUUUACUACUUUUGAUCGAGUU